AUGGCUGUGGGCAAUUCACCAGCUAUGGCGCCAGCUUCCCUUAGUCCGAAUGAUGUGGACGACUUUUGUGCCGAAUUUCACGGGCUCGAGACGAGUGAUUCAGACACCAUGUUGGAGAACCCUUUUGACAGUGAGGGAAGUCGACUCUUGUUUGAGGCCGUUGAGCAGAUGCAAUCCUGUGGUGCAAGCCAGGACAUCGAUAUUCCGCAGCUCGUCAUUGUCGGUGGCCAGUCCACCGGAAAAUCAUCUCUGCUGCAGCAGCUCACUGACAUCCCCUUUCCCAUCGCCUUGGGUUGCUGCACGAGGUUUGCCACUCGGAUCGUAUCGAGACGCACGCCAGCAGGCUCCCCAAAUCGCUUCAAGAUAUCUGUCGUCGAGCCCGAGGUCUCAAUCAGCGACUUUAAUUAUCCGGUGGGAGACGGCAAGUACAAGGACUAUGCCCUCACCGGGGAGGUCUUGACUGCGACCCAGUUCAGGAAUGCCAUUGAUGAGGUUUCUUCUGAAUACAUGGGCAUCACGGAAGGCACAGGACCUGACGCGAAGAACUUUGCCACCCAGGUUUUUCGCAUCGAGCUCUCGGGACCCGCCAGGUCGCACUUCACCAUUGUGGACAUUCCGGGACGUAUCUCGAACCCGAAGGGCAUCAACGAGCAUGAAAUGCGAGGCGUGCAGACUAUGGUGCUCGAGUACAUCAAGAAGCCUGGGGCGAUUGUCAUCUGUGUCGGCGAUGCAUCGAAUGACGUGAGCAACCAGGAGAUCAUACACCUGGCCCAGCAGCACGCUGGCGACAGGCUCGUCGGGGUGUUUACAAAGUGCGAUUUAGUCAGCGAUCCCGACCAGUUCAUAUCCCUGGCUACCAAGCAGGGCUACAUGAAGUCUCAUAGCGCCAAGGACAGCUGGUUCGUCGUAAGCAACAGACCAACCACAGCAACGAGUGCCAGCACCACUGCCGCGGCCACCGAGACAAGCUUCCUCUCCCUUCCGCCCUGGAACCGGAUCCCCAGCGCCCGCCGGGGCACGGCCAUGCUGCGCGCCUAUCUGAGCAACAUGCUCUGUGACCGGAUCCACCUUAACUUCCCGAGGAUCCACGCAUCCAUCUCUGCGCACCUUUCGGACGCGAAAUCACGCCUCGAGGCUCUUGGGCAGCCGCGGCUCACCCAUCACGACCGCCAGCGAUACCUGGGUGAGGUUGUUCAACGGUACGCCGCGCUCGCUAGGGACGCCGUGGAGAACCCGGGGCUCGUGGAAGAAGGGCUGCGCGUACGAACGCAGGUGCAGCGGCAGAAGGAGGCGUUUGCAAAGGAGUUACGUGAGCGCGGGCACACGUACCAGUUUGAGGACGCCGAGGUAGACCCCAUCGCCAGGCUCGCCGGAAUCAUGGCAAAGGAGCAGCAGCAGCGCGAGCAACUCCGAGAGGCGAAGAGGAAGCAAGCGGCGGGGUUAGCUUCGCAGCAGGACGGCCUGGGGCCUGUCACGCCACCGCUAUCCCGGCACGUGUCGGCAUCGUCGCCGUUGACCCAAGAUGCGUUCGCAGCCGACGGGUCGCAACCCCCACCCAGGAAGAAGCAGGAUCGGGAUCAUCGUGCUGGGGGACACGGUAACGACGGCGCGGAACUUUUUGAUUUCAUCCGCCGCCAGCUCCGCGCUUUCCAGAGCACACAGCUCCCCGGCUUGGUCAACCCGCAAGUCAUGCCGGCCCUCGUGCGGGAGCAGACCGCACAGUGGGAGGCCAUCUCGAGCAGGCACCUCCAGGCCGUCCACGCCCAGGUCGGCACGACAGCGGCCGCGAUCCUCCACGCGGUGUGCCCGGAGGAUCAGUUCCCCACAAUGAAUCGGGGUCUCUCGGCCGUGCUAUCGCGGCAGUGGCAGGCUACGGCGGUCGGAAGUGGGGAGGAGCUGCUCAGGCAUUGCGAGAGAGAGCGCGGUGGUGUUGAUGGUACUGGAUCGAUCACAGGGCGUGCCAGCGGGCACAUUGACGCAACUGGUAACAAGAACUUUGCACACGAGUUGAAGGCCCUCCAGACGCUGCGGCUGCUAGAGUCGAUGAAGGUUCUGGCGGACGCUGAAGAGGAUGAUGAUGGGGAUUGGUCCACUCCUCACCAAGGUCUGCGGACAGAGCUGAUCUUCAAUCAGCUACAUUGCUCCAUCGAGGACAACAUGGCCAAGAUGGUGCACGAUAUUCUCAAAGUUUACUACAAGUUUACCAUCGACUCUUUCAUAUCCCACGUCACGAGACACAUAAUCGAACCCUUCCUGUGUCAUCCAAACGGACCUUUGAAGGCCCUCUCAAUGGAGUGGGUCUAUUCGCUGAGGGAGAGCGAGGUUGAGAAGUUGGUACGCGACGAUGCCGACACUGUCAGGAAGAGAGCGACGGAGCAGGCCACGGUGGCAAGGUUGCAGGCUGCGUUGGACAUCGCCAUUGAGGCUUCGGAGAGGGCAAGGGAGCUAGUUUGACGCUCAGCAUCUCGUUUCUUUGCGAGCAAUGUAUCAUACCGAAAUGUCGCAUGGUGAUGCGCUGUGUGAGCUUAUUUAUUUAUAUCUCGAGUACUGGCACUUCCACUAUUUAACACAACUCACAUAUAUCCCUUUA